GUUCUGAGUAUAGGUUUGGGUGGGACUGAGUAUCAGGGUACUGGUAGGGUACAGAGUUAGAGCUCUAAAUCCAGUUCUCAAUUCUCCGCUCCACUGAACACAUGUAAAACUAUACCCUGGUCCCUACUGCUUGCUUCGCAGUUCUCUCUAAGCUGUCCCCGUAAUAUGGAUUAAGUGCUUGUCAAGUGUAAGUACUGGUGAAACCGGGUUUUUAAUUCAGUCCCUGCUACUGCUACAGAGAUAGAGAGGAACGUAGAGUAGGACCGGGAGAAGAAUUGAGAUUUUUUAGCUCAGCUCAGUCGCAUCCUGGCUUUUGUAGAGUGAACAUAUCAAUAAUGUUAAUCCCUAGUUUAAGGGUAGUUUUGAAAAGACUCUGAUGAUUUGAGAGAUGAGAAUGCUCCUGGUUUUGUUGUUCGGAAUAUGUAUCCGGGAUGUACUCGGAUACUGUUCAGGGAUUGGAGCUAAUCCAAGCUUCUCUGGCCCACCCGUAGUACAGCAGAUAAAUGCUACCUCUGUUCUUGUCUCCUGGGAGGGUCUAGUCUCAAGGGUGGAUUGUGUAGACCAGUUCUUAGUUAAAUCAGGACUGGUGUCUGCACCUACUGGGUUUAAGAUGAGUGAGAUGCAGAGGUCAGAUACAUUCUUCAUUGUUCUCACUAAUAUCAGUCCUGAGUUGGAGUACUUUUAUCAGGUUAUAGCCCGAGAGGACAAGGGUUGGAGAGGAGUGGAUUAUAAUAGAUCUCCGGAAACACUUUUUGCAACCUCCCUAAAACAGGGAAACCUGAACCCUGUCCAAAUACCUACUCCACCCCUCAAACCUGAGAUAGAUGGAAGGAAGGAAACAAAUACAAAACAGCCCUGGGUGCGUGAGACCCCGGCCCCUGUGAUGACCCGGCGUGAGGAGAAGCUGGGGAUGAACACCGAGGUCCUCGUUUGGAUCCUAGUCGGCUGCCUGGCCCUCGCCAUCAUCGUCGUCGGUGUCGUCUACAACGUGUGGCGACGAACUCGGACCGGGGAGAAGAGUAUAGAGCUCGGCUCAGACUAUGGUAGUGAUGCUGAUGAUGAUGAUGAACAUGAUGAUCAUGAAAGUGAUCAAGAUGAUCAGAAAGGAGAUCAGAGUGACAGUGAGAAGGAAGAAGUUGAACCAGAUGAGAAAGACGAGCUUAAAUCUGGAAAACAUAGUUGAUUUCUAUUUUUUUAUCUAGACUCCUAAUCAAUUAAAUUUACAAAAAUCGAAA